UACACCUAUGUGUCUAUAGUGUACAGCGCUGUGUACAUUGAGUAGAUACCCGGCUGUCCAGGACUCUCCAUACACAGUCCUUCCUUCCUUCCUCUGGCCACUCUGCAUUCUGAUCACCGACAUCCCCCCACCUGUACACAGAGCAGCUGUCAGUGUGAUCUUCUUCCCUCCAACACUGAGACCCCCAACCAACACCCACCCCCCUCAUUCCAUCUCCCUCACUACUGCCCCCUUCCACCAGGACCACAUUCCUGCCUGAGCCAGAGAGACCCUCCUAUCCUUCUCAGAGAGCCGGAGGAUCAGCAAAGAGUCCGAUCAUCCUCCUGUACAGCGCGGAGUCGUCACUCCGAUCAGCACCAGGGACAGCAGCACAGCCGGAUCAGCACCCGGGACAGCGCAAAACCUACCCAGGACCAGGGACAGCGCAGAGUCGGAUCAGCACCAGGGACAGCGCGGAUUCGGAUCAGCACCAGGGACAGCGCAGAUUCGGAUCAGCACCAGGGACAGCGCAGCAGAACAGAAAUGUAGGGAAUGUUCUCCCUCUCGUGUCUCCCGGAUUCUCGGAUUUUCCACCCUUCGUUUCUCGGAAGCUUCUUCAUUCUCCAGUUCUGACUCCUCGCCGAUCAUCCUGAUCAUCUUCCAAGCUGCUUAGUUUCAGACUUUCAACAGGUUCUCCCAGAUGGCCAACAUCUUCUGGACGCUCUUCUGGCUCCCCGCCAUCGCCGUGGAUAAGAGCGGCAAGAUCCCCCGGCCGGAGAUCCGCAUUGAAGGGGAUCUGGUGAUUGGGGGUCUCUUUCCAGUCCAUGAGAAAGGAGGACCCGGCUCGGAGUGCGGCCGCAUGAAUGAGCACCGCGGUCUGCAGAGACUGGAAGCCAUGCUGUUUGCCGUGGAUGCCAUUAAUAGGGACCCCCAGAUCCUCCCGGGGCUCCAGCUGGGGGCCCAUAUACUGGACACGUGUUCUAAAGACACCUAUGCUCUGGAGCAAGCCUUGGAGUUGGUGCGAGGGUCUCUGACCCGGGGGGACGGACCUCAGUACCUGUGUCCAGAUGGAUCGUAUGCUAUACAUGGGGAGACCCUCACAGCCAUCAGUGGGGUGAUUGGAGGAUCUUACAGUGACGUGUCCAUACAGGUGGCCAAUCUCCUGCGGCUCUUCCAGAUCCCGCAGAUCAGUUACGCCUCCACUAGCGCCAAGCUGAGCGAUAAGUCGCGCUACGACUUCUUCGCGAGAACGGUUCCCCCGGACUUCUACCAAGCCAAGGCCAUGGCCGACAUCUUGCGCUUCUUCAACUGGACUUACGUCUCCACCGUGGCGUCCGAAGGAGAUUACGGCGAAACCGGCAUCGAGGCCUUCGAGCAGGAGGCCCGGGCCCGUAACAUCUGCAUCGCCACCUCCGAGAAGGUGGGGCGCUCCAUGAAUAAGAAGACCUUUACCAGUGUUAUCCGGGCGCUGCAGCAGAAGCCCAGCGCCAAGGUGGUCGUCCUGUUCACCAAGAUCGAGGACGCCCGGGAGCUGCUGGCGGCGGCCCAACAGCUCAACGUCUCCUUCAUGUGGGUGGCCAGCGACGGUUGGGGCGCCCUGGAGAGCGUGGUGAUGGGCAGCGAGGGGGUCGCCGAAGGCGCCAUCACCAUAGAGCUGGCAUCGUACCCGCUGUGGGAGUUCUCGAAGUACUUCCAGUCCUUGCACCCCUUCAAUAACACCCGCAACCCCUUUUUCCGGGAAUUCUGGGAAAACAAGUUCCACUGCCGGCUCGACACUUUGGACUGCACGAGACACUCCCUGCAAGAGGUGAAGUUCGAGCAAGAGUCCAAAAUCAUGUUCGUGGUGAACGCCGUCUACGCCAUGGCCCACGGCCUCCACAACAUGUACCAGGCGCUGUGCCCCAAUGUCACCCAGUUCUGCCCUACAAUGGACCCGCCCAAUGGGCGGCGCCUCUACCGGGAAUUCAUCCUCAAUGUCAAGUUUGACGCUCCCUUCCCUCCGCCGGACACCAGCAGCACCGUGAGAUUCGACAAAUUUGGAGAUGGAAUCGGCCGCUACAACAUUUUCAAUUUCCAGCACACAGACGGCCAUUACCACUACGAGAAAGUCGGCUACUGGGCUGAAGAGCUGACGCUCAACACAAGCCUCAUCCCUUGGGCCCGUAGCUCGGUGCCUGUGUCCCAGUGCAGCGACCCCUGCAAGAAGAACGAGGUGAAAAGCAUGCAGCCCGGAGACGUCUGCUGCUGGAUCUGCAUCCCGUGCCAACCUCAUGAGUACCUACUGGACGAAUUCACCUGUAAGGACUGCGGCCUUGGCUACUGGCCCAAUGAGGAUCUGAAGGACUGCUUCGAGUUGCCGCAGGAGUACAUACGCUGGAGUGAUGCCUGGGCGUUGGGCCCGGUCUGCCUGUCCUGCUUGGGGCUCAUUUCCACCCUCUUUGCAUUUUGGAUCUUCAUUCAGAACAACAACACCCCGAUAGUCAAGGCGUCUGGCCGUGAACUUUGCUACAUCCUUCUGAGCGGUGUGCUCCUCUGCUACGCCAUGACCUUCAUCUUCAUUGCCAAACCUUCCACCAGCGUCUGCACCCUUCGGCGCCUUGGGCUUGGAUUGUCUUUUGCUAUUUGUUACUCGGCCCUGCUCACCAAGACCAACCGCAUCGCCCGAAUUUUCAACGGGGCGCAGGAUGGGGUCCAGCGGCCCAGAUUCAUAAGCCCGGCCUCCCAAGUAGGCAUCUGCCUGGUCCUCAUCUCCUGCCAGCUCUUGGUGGUAAUGGUCUGGCUUCUUCUGGAGCCGGCCGGGACUCGUAAGGACACGGCGCCGGAUAAGAGAUAUGUGGUGACCCUGAAGUGUAACAGCCGAGAUGGGAGCAUGCUCUUGUCGUUGUCCUACAACGUCCUGCUGGUCCUUCUCUGUACCCUCUACGCGUUCAAGACGCGAAAGUGCCCGGAGAACUUCAACGAGGCCAAGUUCAUUGGUUUCACCAUGUAUACCACCUGCAUCAUCUGGCUGGCGUUUCUACCCAUCUUCUACGUCACCUCCAGUGACUACAGGGUUCAGACCACUACCUUGUGCGUCUCGGUCAGUCUCAGUGGCUCGGUGGUCCUGGGAUGCCUCUUCACCCCGAAAAUUCACAUCAUCAUGUUCCAGCCGCAGAAAAAUGUCACCAGUCACCGUAGUGCCACCAACCGAUUCAGCGCCACUGGAGCAGGCGGAUCCCACAGUUCCACCGUGCAGUACGUUCCCACCGUGUGCAAUGGUCGUGAGGUGGUGGACUCCACUACGUCGUCCCUGUGACACGAGGGGGGGGCCGAGAUGCAGCGAUAACAACUCAGCUGUAGAAGACACAGUCCUUAACAAGAUGGCUCCGGAGAUGCUGCGCCAGGCGCGGAUUUCAAGCUUCAACGCCGAUGAAAUUACCCAAAGCCAAAAACGUCCAAUGGUGUUACAAAGUAUCCGUCUUUCCCUGGUUAUCUUGUUACGGCGACUGUUUAUGCCACGAACGACUCGGUCCAGGGUAUUCCGAAAUCACUGCUAUCUUAUUUAUGGUGCAAAUUGGAAGGACACAUGAGACGGGAAGAGACCUUAUGUGGUGCUUCAGGCCCAAAGCCAUCUUACGCUUGGUGGCGGCACCUCAACUGGACAGAUCUCACGGCCAAACUUCCAUGUUGAGCUUGCUGGUGGGAUAUCAACUUGACAGAUCUUAUGGCCAAACUUCCAUCUUGAGCUUGUUGAUAUCAACUUGACAGAUCUUAUGGCCAAAUGUCUUUGUCAGGCCUGGUGGAAAUGGACAGAUCCCUUGUCUAAACUCCCACCUUAGGCCUCGUGGUGAGUCCUCAACUGGACAGAUUAAAUGGUCAAGCUUCCAUCUUGGACUUGGUGGUGGGACCUCAACUGGACAGAUCUCAAGGCUAAAUACCCAUCUCUGGCCUGGAGGUGGGACCUCAAAUGGUCAAAACCCCUAUCCACCCUUCCACUCUGGGGCGGGUGGUGAGACCUCAACUGGACAGAUCUCAUGAUCAAGCUUCCAUCUUGGACUUGGUGGUGGGACCUCAACUGGACAGAUCUCAUGGCCAAAUACCCAUCUCUGUCCUGGAAGUGGGACCUCAAAUGGUCAAGUCCCCUCUCCACACUUCCAUCUUGGGCGGGUGGUGGGACCUCAACUGGAUGGAUCUUAUUGCCAAAUUUCCAUCUCAGGCCUGGUGGUGGGACCUCAACUGGACAGAUCUCAUUGCCAAA